CCCCCCCCCCCUUGCUUUUGAAGCGCAACACUAUCAACCAAGUCAGUAUCACCUGGCAUCUCGGACUCUGGUACUCUUAUUUUUAGUGAGAUCCCCUUACUUUAGCAUCGGAUAUGAUCUGGAGACUUGUGGUUCUUAGUGGGGUUUGCGUCCUUCUUCUGGGUGCUGAAAGCAGCAGCCGCAGGGGGAGGACGGUGACUUUCCGCCGGCCUCAGCAGGAUGAGAGCCAGGGCCAAGCGCGCGCACGACCCAAGAGGGAUAUGAGUAGCUCCUCCGGCACCCCCAGGCCUUUUCACGGUCCUCCCUUCACUUCCUGCCGGACCCCCCUCACCCCCGUCGAGCACAAGGUUCUGGAUGACAAUACGCAUGAGACAGGGUUUAACGGAGAUGAUGGCUCCCAUGUAAUUCUCACGUGGGUGGGCGAUGGUACAGGGGUUGUCCUCGUUCUUUCAACAUUCAGUGCUCCAAUAGAUACUUUCCUAGAAGGGGGCUCCUCAAGACUUUAUCGAAGCACGGAUUAUGCCAAAUCAUUCCAUGACAUUUCCCAUCGGAUCAACAACACCUUCAUAAGGGAGGAGUUUGGAGUCAGUGUUGGACCAAGGAGCUCUGUGAUACUGACAGCAGACAUACCGGUGGUGGACAACCCAGGGGGGGUCAUCUUCACUUCCACGGAUGCCGGUGCAAACUUCAAGUUCAUCCAACUGCCCUUCCACCUGGCUCAGCCAAUCACGUACCACUUCCUCAACCCCGACUACCUCGUGGCCCUCAGCAUUGAUGGCAGUCUUUGGCUCUCUCUGGACUUUGGCGCCAAAUGGACAAAAGUUCACAAUGGAGUGCAUUCUUUCUCAUGGGGGGCCGGAAUUAAUUUGUUUUUUAGCUACAGUCGAGCAGACACAGUUGAGGCAGAUGAGAGGGGGGAUUUACUGCUGAAGAGGACAACAGAUCUGGGGAAGACCUUCACCACAAUCCACGAGGACAUCUUCAGUUUUGGCUACAUCGGUGCCUUUCUCUUCUUCUCUGUGAUGGAGGAUUCGAGAUCCCCUCGUGUCAUGUACUUUUCCUCGGACCAAGGAGAUACCUUUAGCCGAGCACUGCUGCCCUCCGCCUCCACCGAGCAGUUCUACUCCAUCCUGGAUGGAGAUGAAGAUAUGCUCUUCAUGCAUGUGGACAACCCAGGAGACACCUACUUUGGAACCAUGUACACAUCAGAUGACCGCGGCAUCCUGUUCUCCAAAUCACUGGAGCGCCACCUGUUUGAUGGGCAGAGGAAGAGCGAUUUCACCAACAUAACGUCACUGAGAGGAGUCUACCUCACUAAUAAACUAGACAAGGAUGGCCGUAUAAGAUCCGUCAUUUCCUUUAAUAGAGGUGGGGCGUGGAGGCAACUUAACAAACCUGACAAUGUGGAAUGUGGCGAGCAAGUGAAGAAUUGCAACCUUCAUAUUCAUGGAGAGCACAGUCGCAAAAACAGCAUCAUUCCCAUGCUGCCGCUGUCUGAGCCAACUGCUAUUGGUCUGGUUAUCGCUCAUGGUACUGUGGGUGACUCUCUUUCAUCGUCGCUGCAUCCAGAUGUGUUUGUCUCCUCGGACGGGGGUUAUAACUGGAGGGGGACACUGAAGGGUCCUCACCAUUACAGCAUAUUGGACUCUGGAGGUCUCAUUGUGGCUGUGGAGGCCCAGCGGGAAGGACAAGUCAAGACUAUCAAGUUCUCUACAGACGAGGGCCAGUGCUGGAAGUCCUACAACUUCACAGUACAGCCUUUCUUCUUUGCAGGCCUGGCAUCCGAGCCGGGGACCAAGGCCAUGAACGUCAGCGUGUGGGGCUUUCGGCCUGAGGCAGAUGGCCAGCCCAUGUGGGUGGCCGUCACCAUUGAUUUCCAGAGCCUCAUUACAAGAGAGUGUAAUUACCAGGACUAUGAAGAAUGGUUGGCCCAUGCUACAGAUGGAGGGGACUUGGAGAGAGAGGGCUGUCUCUUGGGUGUCAGAGAGACAUACAGGAGGCUAAAGAAACAAUCUGUGUGCAGAAACGGACGAGGCUUUGUGGUGAGCAAGAAGCAAAGCCCCUGCCUGUGCACCAGAGAGGAUUACUUAUGCGACUACGGUUACUAUCGUCACGUGAACACCUCCGAGUGUGUGAGACAACCCAGUGCUGCAAAUAAAACCUUGGAGCUCUGUCUGAAUGGAGAGGAGGAUGAGCUGCUGACAGCCGGGUACCGUAAGGUCCCAAGCGAUCGGUGUGAGGGGGGAUUCAACCCUCAGCUCGCAGUGCAGACAGUCAUCAACCCCUGUGGUGUUAAAACCAGCCCAGGCCCUCCUGCCAGAUCCUCGUCUCCAGUCACACACUUUGACACACCGCGAGAGAGGCUGGUGUUGAUCCUGGUGUGUGCAGGAGCGGGAGUCAUUGUCGUGGUAGUGAUCGUUUCAGCCGUCUUUGCUGUCAAGAGGGUGGUUUACAGAAACAGGACACCUGUGUAUCGUUUCUCCAACCUCCAGAUUCAGGAUGAAGCUAAUAUCCCGAACGACAUUGAAAGCGCCACCAUCAGCAACGGCACGGCCGGCCUGCAGGACUCAGAUGAUGAUCUUAUUGAAUGACACAUAACUCAUUGCUAUGGAUAUAAUGAGUAUUCAAGAUGUAGACCAGUUGUGCUGAAAAAGAGUGCCAAAGGUGUUUUUUUAUGAACUUAUUCUUGAUGUUUUGAUGGGAGCACCCUUCGUGGCAAGAUUUGUGGAUCUGAAAGCUUGAGAAUGUCUUAAUUUAUUGAGUGUGCUUAAUUUCAUUGCUUCACUUCAUUUGCUUGGUCUUUGAUAUAUAUGUGUAGUUUUUUUUUUAACUCACUUUUGUACUUGAUCAUCUGAUCAAUAACUUCAUUAAAACGAGUGCUGAUAGUGGCAUUGGCUUUGCUGUCAGUACAGGGAAGUAAAUCUUUGAAUAUCCCACCACGGGCAAUAAGGGGGGGCCCUGUAUAUUCCACUUUUAAGAAACAUUUUAAACAAUGGCUCAAAGCAAACCAGAACUGUGAUCACUUUUAAUUUCCCGUGUUGCCUAAUGUAUGUUUUCCUAUUCCACUUGUAUACUUGCAUCUAUAUAUUGUUGCUCGUAAUGUUUUUGUUACCUGCAUAGGGACUAUGGAUGUAAAUCAGAAUUCUUGCUAACACCAGCAUUUUUAGGCCUACAUCUUGUAUUUUUUACCGAUAUUGAUUAACAUGCUACUUAUCAAAUAACAACAAAUAUUUUUAUAUA